ACCACUUCCGCAUGCUCCUGACACCUCCCCGUUUGAAUAAUUGCCAGCUUGCUUGGUGUAUAUAACCUUGUCAAGCCACACCCUGUGCAGAGGACCACCUGGCUGGUGAGAAAGGCAGCAGAGCACAGAUGGCCGGCAGCGGGGCCCAAGCUCCUUACCUGAGCCCGGUCGUCCCCUUUUCCGGGACAAUCCAGGGGGGCCUCCAGGAUGGACUUCAGAUCACCGUCAAUGGCUCCGUUCUGAACUCCUGGGAAAACAGGUUUGCUGUGAACUUGAAGACUGGCUUCAGUGACAACGACAUUGCCUUCCACUUCAACCCUCGCUUUGAAAACGGAGGGUAUGUGGUCUGCAACACGAAGCAGCAAGGAUGCUGGGGGCCUGAGGAGAGGGUGGGGCACAUGCCCUUCCAGAAGGGGAGCCCCUUUGAGCUCUGCUUCCUGGUGCAGAGCUCGGAUUUCAAGGUGACGGUGAACGGCAGCUUCUUUGUGCAGUAUUCACACCGCGUGCCCUUCCACCGCGUGGACAGCAUCUCUGUCGAUGGCUCUGUGCGGCUGUCCUACAUCAGCUUCCAGAACACCCGCGCAGCCCCGGCCCAGCCUGCCUGCGUGCAGCGGGUCUUCCAGCCCGUCAUCUUCACCUCCAGGCCCAGGGGGCGCAAACCAAAUAAUCCUAUCAAACCACCUAUGGCGUACCACAGCCCGACCUAUCCGAUGCCUUACUUCACCUCCAUCCCAGGCGGGCUGUACCCGUCCAAGUGCAUCAUCCUGGCGGGCACCGUCCUGCCCGGUGCGCAGAGGUUCCACAUCAACCUGCGCUCGGGGAGUGACAUCGCCUUCCACCUGAACCCUCGUUUCGAUGAGAACACCGUGGUCCGGAACAGCCAGAUCUAUAGCUCUUGGGGGCCUGAGGAGCGAAGCCUGCCCCGAAAAAUGCCCUUCACCCGAGGCCAGGGCUUCUUGGUGUGUAUCAUGUGCGAAAGCUACUGCCUCAAGGUGGCCGUGGAUGGCCAGCACCUGUUUGAGUACUGCCACCGCCUGAAUAACCUGCCGGCCAUCAACAGCCUGGAAGUGGGGGGCGACGUGCAGCUGACACACGUGCAGACAUAGGGGGCUCCCUGGGCCUGGGGACAAGGGCCGGGGUGACGAGUUGCUGCCUGAGUCUGCCCAGCACGUCCCCUUCCCAGCCCCAGCGCCCCCCUCCACUGUGCCCAGGCCCUGGGCUGCCCUGCAGAGGCGUGUCCUGUCUGCCCGGCUCCUGGCUGCAGCCAGCCUGGAGGGGAGAAGGCAGCUGGCUGGGAUCGCCUCGCUUAGCCGGCUGUCCUGCUCCUGCCAUCCAAGGCCAGGGGAAUAGGGGGACGUGGGGUGCAGCCCCAUGAUCAGUCCCCUGGGCAGAGUCAGGGUCCUGAGGCUUCCCAAGCCCCAAGCCCAGGCCUACACCCCAUCUUGCUCCCAACCACCUGCCUGUCCCCCAUGCAACUCCGCCCUAGUCCCAGGCCACCAGCUGUCCACUCCUGGUAGGAAGUGACCUCCUUUGCCCUUUCCCUUCCUGUGGCCUUUGUCCUCACUCUCCUACCUUGUACCAGCCCUUCACGCCCUCCAGGAAAGCUACCCUGAUGACGUCCCGCUGGCCCCCACCAACCGGCCAGCACUUCUCAUCGGGGGCUGUCUUCUGCCUCUGCAUCCUUCAAAUAAAGAAAUAAAAAUGCUUGUU